GCAUUAGAUCCAUGGAAAGCAUGAGCAGCAGCAGCAGCAACAACAGCUGCUGAAGCCGGGAUCGGCAGCGACGUUGUGAUGGCUGCGCCACCUUCGUCUUUUGUUCUUCGUUAAUCCUUGACUGGGUUAGGCCGAGUGCAGUAGGUUUAGAAAGCCUAGGUUGUGGUCGGGUUUGGUGGGGGCUGACCACCAUUGAUCCUUGCGUGGAAAUCUUGUUUAGCUUGAUUGCUGCGACGUGGUGGCAACAAGCUGGCGACUGAUGAGUAUUCUACAUUGGCGAGUUUAGUGUUCGGCCGGUAUAUGUGGGGUCUAAUUUUCGUUCGAGAGAGAGCGGAGUUCGUAGUCGAGCCAGUGUUGCAAGUUGGCUUAGAUUCCAGUGGCUGCUUUUAUCGUGUACACGCUACUUUCUUAGUUCGAUUUAGGAGCCACAUCGGAACACCGUGCAACGGACGUCUGUUUGCGACAAAGACUUCUCAAAGCGAGCUCGAAAUCGUUUCCAAUAGAUUUCCAGGACUCAUAGCUAGUUCUCGCUUUACGCCUCACUGAGAAUAAAUGGUUUUGUCGCGAAGCUAAAACUGCAAGAUCUUCGACUGUGCACCUAUCAAUGUGAUUGUACAAGGUGCUUCGACAGCACAUUGGUUGCCAUUUAGGAAUUUUCACGAGAAGUCGUUUCGUGGUUGACCUCGUCUUUGCAGAAGCUUUCGCAGAUAAUCCCUUAUCUGUAAGUAGCGAUGAUAUCUUCUUUGUGGUUUUCAGAAACGUGUUGAACCGUCGACUCAUUAAGAAGUGGUCCUGUUGGUAUUUCGAGAAUAUCCCCGAAUUCCUGUCGGCUUUUUCAUUGAUGGUUCUCCUGUCAUAAUACGGGUGGUUAAGUUGUUGACUCUCUAUCCAAUUCUAAUCAAUCACUCUUCUCUAUGGCGAAGGAAACUAGAGCUUGUUGGUCGGUCGAUCAGAUUCUCUUUCCUAGAAUGUUGCGACGUAGUGCCAAGGUGGUAGCGUUUCGGGGGUCACACUUGCUUUGCGUGAUGCAAGAAUUGGGUUUCGCCAUCUCGACUGAGAGGGCUGUGCUGGAGUGCUCUACCAGAAUAGAUCAACAACUUAGUCCGCUACUAAAACCUUUUGACUUCGUCCAUGGAGGGAAUUUUUCCGCGAUUAGGCGGGCGGAAUGGUCGCCCUCCCAUGCGUUUGAAAUUCAGUUCAGCUGUUUGUGAAGUUUGUUUUCUAGUCCAAAAUUAUGGUGAAUCUACAAGAGGCUGUGAGGCUGUGCGCAAGUUCCUAUUUUGGGGUAGGAUGGGUGAGCUUGUUUCAGCGCUCUUGCGAAGACAGUUUUGUAGAGUGCCAUCUAGUGACUCCGCCACUAGUUUUAGUGACUUCACCCACAUUUUUUAAUUUCUUUGAGGUAUGCGAGAACUCCCCUGCGAGGUAUGAGCCAAAGGGCUGGCAAGGCUCAUGUGAUUGAGAGUUCAGCUUCUGAUGAGAAAUCACGGAGAGCUGUGAAGUCACAGAUUCACGGAGAGUCUAGUCGUGUGCAUUUGACAAACAUUAUUCAUGUCAAUCGCCACUUUCACUUACUCUUGCAGAGCCUCCAGAUCGGUCUGAUGUUGGAUGCCGGGCGGGCGUCGUCACUCCAGCUCCCUCUUAUGCGGGAGGUGACGGCCCUGCGGAAGAAUCGAACCUUGAAGGACCCGGGGACAAGUCCCUCUGUCUCCCCUGGAGGUAGCUUUUCAGGAGGCAACAAGCGAGUGACAUCAAACGCCUUCAUUGGCGAUCCUCACAAAGAUGCUCAAGCGCUCGCUUAUGAGCUCUCGGCCAAACUCGCCAAGUCUGCUAAAGAACUCCACGGCGUUGGUGGGAGCCGCCGAAUACCGAAGCAACAAAACUGUCGAGCGGAUAGAAACAUCAAAAGUGACAAGGUUCCUACAAGAGGGACGUCGAAGAAAAUGACAGCCGAAGAUGCCAUGUACGUGCGCAAUGACGAAACACUUGGCAUCGACGAGCCGUUGAAGGCAGCUAUCGGAAGGAGGGUCAAACCAGUUGAGCAGGCUUUUGAUGGAUCCAUGACUGGGGCUCUCUCCGGGGAGUUGCGAAAGGAGGGUCUCAUCAAGGAAUUGAAAGCGCGGGGGCGCUUGCCGAGAGACGCUGAGAAAGAGCUUGAGGAGAUUCCAAGGUCGGAUGAGAGAUGGGAUGUCGGGCCUGCUCGACGAGAACAUCUUGCGAGGAGAGUAAUCGAAGAGCGUCGUCCCUCAAUCUCCUCACUAUCACAGCUACUGGGAAACCAUAACGGGAGUGGACGGAGUGAUAACUUCCUGGGCAUGCUGGAGGACGAAGAGCGUCGGAGCAAUCUCGUUGGCGAGAGCUUAUUUGAGACGGAUGAGGAUGAGCUCAGCCCCAUGGAGAGGGAGAUGAUGCGACCAAAGCCGGCAACCUUGAAUCCUGCAUCUCCGUUGCAUUUGGGCUCAUUGUCGCGUGGAAAGCAGGAUCUCAAGAAGUCGAAGCCUGAACUUCGUCAUGGCUGGAGGAAUAUCCCGUCAGGAGAGAGGAGUGCAUACUCAGCCCACCCCAGCAUCCGUAAAGCUGCAACCAACUCCAUGGAUUUCAUGGACGAUGAUCUGGAUGUCUCGGAACUUCCACUUGAAAACGGAUGCGGACUUUCGUGGGAUUGGUCUCGGAAUCACAAGUAUAGUGAUGAGGCUUUCUACGACUUGACUGGGUUGACUUGCGCAGUUUCGGAGUCCAGGAGACGUCCCGAGAUUGAUUCUUUACUCGCAGAGCAAAGUACCCCGGCUAAGAAGUCAGUUUCCUCGUUGAAUUCUGAAGCGAACUCAUUACCGAUAUUAAGCGGGGACGGGACACGCAAGCACGAUCUUGCGGGGUAUAACGUAGACACGGGAAGAACUCGAGAGAUUUCAGGGGAGCUUGGGGGACUCGAGGGUUGUAGGUCGACAUUUCAAGGCGCCAUCGAAGAUAUUCCAGGUGUGGGAACAGCCUCCACAAGCAGAUUAAAAGAGCAGGUGCCACCCGAGGAACAUCGAACGUUGAGUCAAAAAUACAGGCCAAAGAACUUCACGGAGAUUGUGGGUCAACCUGUGGUGGUGAAGAGCUUGUCGAUUGCGAUUAUAAAGGAUAAAAUCGCUCCAGUGUAUCUGCUUAUGGGUCCGCGCGGAACUGGGAAGACCUCUGCUGCGAGAAUGUUCGCAGCAGGGUUGAAUUGCGAGUCGUUGAAUUCUGCCAAUCGCCCGUGUGGAAUUUGUCGGCAGUGUAGUCUCAAUCAGAGCGCAGAUUUGCGGCAGAUUGAGGCUGUCUCAAGUAUGGACAUGGUGAGCAUGAAAGCCAUGAUGGGGAGCUUCAUACCUCAUGCUCGCUACAAGGUGAUUGUUGUCGAGGGGUGCGAUCUUCUCGGCAUCGAUAUGUGGAAUGCGUUUCUAACAUUGUUGGAAGAGCCCCCAAGGAACGUGGUAUUCAUCCUUAUUACCACCGAUGCGGAGCGGCUGCCCCCGACUGCGACUUCGCGGUGCCAAAAGUUCCAUUUCUCCAAAGUAAGCGAACCAGACAUUGUGAGACGGCUGAAAUUAUUGGCGGAGAAAGAGGGCUUGCAUUUCGAAGCGGAAGCGUUGUCGCUCAUUGCGUCGAAAUCAGAUGGAUCCCUCCGUGAUGCUGAAAUUUUUCUUGACCAAGUAUGCCUUCUGGACAGGACCGUGACGGUGGCCCUAGUUCGAGAGGUCGGUGGACUUCUUCCAGACAACCAGAAUCUAGAUUUAUUGGACUACGCGCUCUCCGCCGACACUGUGAAUAUCAUUAAGACCAUGCGAAAAGUGCUAGCCUCCGGCGUUGAGCCUCUCGGACUCGUGUCCCUACUGGGGGCCUUAAUCACAGACAUUCUCGCUGGUAGCCUCGAUGUGAACCGGGGCAGGCGAAGAGAUGGAUCAUUUUUCAAUCGAAAUAUCUCUGCGAAGGAGGAGCAACAACGGCUCCGGGAAGCGCUAAAGGUUCUCGCAGAAGCUGAGAAGCAGUUGCGAGCGGCAACCGAUAAGGCGACCUGGCUGACAGCCGCGCUUUUGCAAUUUGCUCCCGAUCGGUCGUUUGUUCCUUCCGAAGCAAACAACAGUGUUGCCCAAAGCCCUACUGUGGCGCCUAUAAACGCCAUUUAUAGGGCGGAGCAACCAGUGAUGAACAAACCAGAGCAUCAGAACCAAGUUCCAGUGUCUGCAGUGGUUGGUCAAUCUCUUGAAGCAAACGUUGAAAAAGAAAAAAGACCUCCCGAAGUUCCUGAGGACCAUGAAAUACCGGUCUCGGAGCAGACAUUUGAGGAAGAUUGGGGUCGGAAGCCAGCUGAACAACAGGGAUUCGAGGAACUGCAGCUUGCAGAGACUUCAAAACCACUAAGACAUGAACCAGAGACGACGUUAGAUUUUCAGGUAUUUGGAGAAGAAAUUUUGGCUAGGCUUUGGAACCGAGUGCUGUCGGAGAUAACGUCGAGGAGUUUGAGGCAGCUUCUGCAUACAGACGCGCGACUUGUUGCAGCAGGCGCAGCUAUUGAUGGCUCGCGUGCUAUAGUCGCAUUGGAGUUCGAUCACCCGCGCGAUAAACACAAAGCAGAGCGGUCAUGGCGGAGCAUCUGCAUUGCAUUUCAAGCCGUGCUGAACACCGCGGUUGAGCUUCGAAUCGGUUUGUGCGAAGUUGCACCUGGCGAUGGUUCGCUGGCACGCGCUGGUGAAACAAUGGUUGGCACAAAGCCGGGCACAUCCACUCAACACAAAAACUCCGAAAUUGUGACCGAGGAUUCCAGCAGUGAAUCGUACAGUCAAUCGGGCCCAUCAACUCAAGGUCAAUACAGAAACAAGUGGGUUACGGAUGAGGACCCCAUUUCUUACGAUGCCCAUCUUCAAGACAUGCAGGAAGCGCGUUCACGUAGCCAUCGGAGACGAACCACGAGACCUCGUAGGCAUCGUCAAGCAAGAGACGUAGCAGACACUCAACUGCAAAUACAGCAGAAUUCAGACCCCAGCGCCAUCACUCCUCGCCGGCCGCCACCAAGUCGGAGGCGAAGGGUGAAACGAACCGGUUCUGCAAGAGCAAGCUCUGGAGCAACCCAAACGGUCAUUCCAGUGCGAGAGACGAAGGUAGGCUCACGGGAUUCUGGCAGUUUCGGUGACGUCGGUGGCGAUAUUUUGGCAUAUAGAGGCAAAAAACAGUUGAGUACUAUGGUGGAGGAGCCUCUAAGCGAGAUUGAAGACCUUCAGUCGGCCCAGCGAAAGAUCUCGCAGCAGCGAGCCGACAGCUCCUUGUCAGCAAAUUUUGACCGCCGCACUAACAUAGUCUAUGCGGAGCGUGGAUCGCAGAGAGGGAGCCCUCUUUGCUGUAGAAGGGCAUCACCCCAGCCCGAGUUUUUGAUGCGCAAGUCCAGGGUGAAGACCAUGAAAAAGGGGCGAGGGAAGGCGCUGCUCCUCAAACUGAUACCCUGCGCCGAAUCCAGAGUCGCAAAGAACACUGCACCGGUUUCCAAGGCACCGUAAGGGGCCUUUCACUCUGCCGAGUCGAAACUCAAAGUGACCAAGUCGCAACAGCCAAUCUCCACCACCCGGGCUCUACAGGAAUCGUCGGUGCAUCGAACAUGCGUACCAUCCUGUUAUUUUGAUCUUGAUCAAUUAUACCACUGGGAUGUCGCGAACGGCCUUGGUUCAUGUCUAGCACACGGCUGUGGCCAUUAGGACGGAACACAGCUCCGUCGAAACAUGGAAAAUCUAACCUGGCAAUCACAUCCUGCACGCUUGCCCACCGCGAGGACAGUUCGCCAGCCCCUCGCACUGGUGCGCACCAAGUUCGGCGUCAGAAUUGGUGACGGCACCACUUGUACAAUAUGACAAACGAUAGGGAUACAGAACACCCACAAUCUCGAGCAAACAAUGAAGAUCUCACGACGAGAGCUUCCCCCGAGUCAGAGCAGCCAAGAGAAAAAGCCAUGGCUGCUUCUGAUCUGGCGAGGGUAGCGCCGAAGCAAGGGUGGAAACGACAAUUCUUUUGGGGCCAAGGGUCUCCGGGAAGGAGCAGCUUGCCGGUGCCUGCUAUGGAUCUACACACGAGCCCUGCGUAUCUUGUGUAGAAGUGCACCAACUCAAUAAUUUUGGGUCCUUAAUGUAGUACGUUCGAAUUUCAAUAUCAAUUGUUGAACACCUCCUCCAUGGAGGUUGUGUCCAUAAUGGCAUGCUGUUGAAGCUUGAAUAAUUAUUAUAGACGGUUUGCCUCA